CCACCAGGCCGCCCCCGCGCGGUCACCUUACCGGUUGCCGCCUCACUUUUUAUUAUACUCCGCCGUUUAUAUACUUUUUCUCGUAUCAACUCCACGUAGUGGAGCAGCGGGCGAUCGGCGAUGCGCCGAGGCGGUGGAGCUCCGGUUCGAAAUUAAUGGAGCUUGAAGAGAUCGAUCGAGGAAGAAUCCGUUGCAGUGUCACCUGAGGAGGGAGAUCGAUCUCGAUGGCGGACGAGGCCGACGCGACCAUCAACUCCAGCAACCAACUGCAGCAGCGCCAGCAGAACAUGAUCUCCUCCUUCGCCGCCACGCUUCUUCCUUCGUCUUCAUCCUCCUCAGCGCAAUCGAUGCACGGAAGCUUUUCCAUGAAAAGCAAGGAGACUGGAGUUUAUGACCUAGGAGAGUUGGAUCAAUCUCUAUUCAUGUACUUAGAUGGGCAAGAUCAUUUAGCAUCACCUCAAGAACAAAGACAGACGCUGAACAUUUUUCCUUCUCGGCCCAUGCAUGAACACCCUUCCACCAAGGGUGGAUUAGGCUUGGCUUCUCAAAGAAGUGGUGGCUCCCAAAAAUCCUCAGAGUUGGACAUGAACACCACCAACAUUAAAGAUGAUUCUCCAUCUGUGUCUGAGCGUAGAAAGGACAUCAAAGCAUCAGUGAUCAAGAAGGAAGGGAGCAGGAAAGGCACAAGCACUGAACACGAAGGACCAAAGAUACCAGACCCUAAGAUAUUAAGAAGGCUUGCACAGAAUAGGGAGGCCGCUAGGAAAAGUAGGCUUAGAAAAAAGGCUUAUAUACAGCAACUAGAGAGCAGCAGGAUCAAACUUACUCAGCUUGAACAUGAGCUUCAAAGAGCUAGAACUCAAGGUUUGCUGUUGGGUGGAGGAGCUGUCCUGGGGGACCAAGGACUUCCUACAGCCAUAAGUGGUCUCAGCUCAGCCGCCAUGUUCGACAUGGAGUACUUGCGAUGGUUGGAUGAGCAACAACGGGCGACGUGCGAGCUCCGGGUGGUGGUGCAGGAGCACCUGCCGGACUCAGAGCUGCAGAUGUUCGUCGACAGCUGCCUCGCGCACCUCUGCCAGUUGACGCAACUCAAGGGUCUGAUCAUCAAGUCCGACGUCUUCCACCUCAUCUCUGGCACCUGGCUGACCCCUGCCGAGCGCUGCUUCAUGUGGAUCGCCGGCUUCCGCCCGUCCGACCUCAUCAAGAUGGUGCUGAGGCACAUCGAGCCGUUGACGGAGCAGCAGAUAAUGGGAGUCUGCGUGCUGCAGCAGUCGGCGCAGGAGACGGAGGAGGCGCUGAGCCAUGGGCUCGAGGCCCUCAGCCACUCCGUCUCCAACGCCAUCGCCUCCGGCGAGUUGAGUUGCACCCUCAACGUCAACGUGGCCGACUACAUGGGGCAGAUGGCCGUCGCCAUGGACAAGCUCGCUGCCAUCGAAGGCUUCGUAAGACAAGCCGAGAAUUUGAGGCAGCAGACUCUGCAGAGGCUUCAAGAGAUGUUGACGACGAGGCAGAUGGCACGAAGUUUGCUGGCCGUCGCCGAGUACUUCCAUCGGCUUCGAGCACUCAGCUCGCUGUGGCUUUCUCGACCAAGGCAGCAAGACUACAACUCAUGAACACGACGAUCCAUUGACACCCAUGUAAGUGUUUAUUAAUGAAGGUUUCAAUUUGCAAAAUUAAGGACAUGAAUAUUCAAUACAUCAUCCUCUAUCUGCCUUGAUUGUUUUGAGAGGUAGUUUAUUUAUUAGGAAUAAGCUAAUCCUAGUUCUCCUUUAAUUUCUUCUUCUAGUCAUUAUGUUCCGGGAGCUGGAUGGUAGAGAUUUUAGGAAUGGAGUGGAAUCGGAAUGAGAUUAGUAAUAGAUUAGAAUGAAAUGACAAGGGAAUGAUUCAUUCCCUUUAAUUUGUUUGGAUAUAAUAAUUAAGUAGAAUGGUAUAUGUUAUUUCCAUCUCUUCUUUUA